GGGUGGAGUGACGCGUGGGCGUGGGGACACUCCCCCAGCAACCGGCCGCGGCCCUCCAGCCGCUCCCCAGCUUCCUAUCUUGAACCAACCCCUCGCUCCGGUCUCUGGGCAAAUUCUGCAUAAAGCCGGUGGACGAAACGUGGAGGAACUGAAAGCCGACAGACUCGGAAUGGAAGGAAAACAGGAGAUGCCAGGAACUGCCCGGGAGUGAUGAGGGGAGAAGAGUGCAGGGGUCACCGAAGGAAGCGAGAUCGGGAGGGUGACCAGACAGCAGCGGCCCCGCGGGGGUCUCAUGGCUCCCGAGCCCUCUUCAAUCCAGCCCGGGUAAACACAGACGCCCUGCCAGGCCGGAGCAGCUGCCGGACACGGCCCUCGGCGUCGCUCCAACCAGACCGCCGCCGCUAAGCCCCUCCUUUCGAGAAACUCUGGAGCCGCCCCUGGAAGUGGUGGGGCGGCGGGGCCGGAGGAGCGACGCUCAGCGAUGGAGCUCAGCGGCCCGGGCGCGGAAGCCGGCGUGGAAGGCGCGGCGGGCGACCCGUACCAGCGACCCGCGCGGCGCACGCAGUGGCUGCUGAGCGCCCUGGCGCACCACUAUGGGCUGGACCGCGGCGUAGAGAAUGAGAUCGUGGUGCUGGCCACCGGCCUGGACCAGUAUCUGCAGGAGGUUUUUCACCACCUGGACUGUCGCGGCGCCGGCCGCCUGCCUCGUGCCGACUUCCGUGCGCUGUGCGCCGUGCUGGGGCUGCGCGCUGACGGAGCCUCUGCCACCGAGGAGGCCGCCGUGGAUACGCCCGUCGGAGACACGAACUCCAGGGAUGCGAUCGCCCAGGACGCGGCCGCUGGGGUGGACACCGACGAUGACGCGAAGGAAGAGGCACGCCUGGCACUGCGCGCCGAGCCGCCCGAGCUCACCUUCCGCCAGUUCCACGCGCGCCUGUGCGGCUACUUUGGCACCUGCGCGGGGCCGCGUCUGCCCCGCGGUGCUCUCAGCGAGCACAUCGAGACACAGAUCCGCCUGCGCCGCCCGCGCCGCCGCCGUCGCGCUCCCCGCACGCCCAGCCCCGACAGCGGUCAGGAUAGCGAGCGCCUGGCCAGGUUGGAGGAGGAAAACAGCAGUCUGCGCGAGCUGGUGGAGGACCUGAGGGCCGCGCUGCAGAGCAGUGACGCGCGCUGCCUUGCGCUGCAGGUCGGCCUCUGGAAAAGCCAGGCGGGCGCCCAGGAGGCGGCGCGCAGCGGGCCCGAAGCGGCGGCGCGGGAACUGCGGCAGGCGCGGGGCGCGCUGGCGGCGGCCCAGGCCCACGCUGGGCGGCUGCGCAGGGGCCAGGCCGAAGUGCGGAGGCGAGCGGAGGAGGCCCGGCAGGCUGUCCUGCGCAGCCUAGGGCGCGUGCGCGAGCUGGAGGCGCUGGCGCGGCAGGUUCCCGGUCUGCAGCGCUGGGUACGGAGGCUGGAGGGUGAGCUGCAGCGCUACAGGUCAGAGGGCACACAGCUCCCAACCUCAGCACCAGCCAGCCCAGAGCCAGAAUCCAGGAGUAGUGAACCUGAGGAUGGAGGGACCAGAGGCCCAGAACUCCCACCAGAGGGAGCCUGGGGGUCAGAUGGCAGCUCUGGAAGCAGAGCCCUGGACCAAGCAGUGGACGAGCAGCUGUUCCGCUCGGUGGAGGGCCAGGCUGCCUCUGACGAGGAGGACAACGACAAGAAGUGGUGGGAGGAGCAGCAGCCAGCAGCCAAGAUCCAGACCCUGCUGGCUCGCCUUUCCAGCAGUGGGAGUGGCUGUGAUGACCAGAUGGCCAAGAAACUCCUAACUUACUGCAGCCACUUCAGCAGUGCCGACCAUGCCCGUGCCCUGGGGGAGCUGGAAGCCCGUGUCGCCAUGCUGGUGGAGCAGUUGGGGACCCAAGGCUGCAGUGGGAAGACCCUAGGAACACCUGGGGAGGAGGCAGAGCUGCAACAGAAGGUGGACGAGAAUGAGCACCUGAGGCUAGAGCUGCAGAUGGUGGAGGCAGAGAGAGUGCGGCUGUCUCUGCUGGAGGAGAAGCUGGUGGACGUGCUACAGCUCCUGCAGAGGCUCCGGGACCUGAACAUAUCGAAAAGAGCCCUGGGGAAGAUUUUGCUGAGCACACUGGAUGCUUGCAGGGACCCCGCACACGAGGGAACAUCUGGGCCCUCGGCCAUCCUGGAUGCCUUGCACCAAGCUCUGGCUGGCUGUGAGCUCUUGCAAAGAGAACCAUUGGUGCCAGCCUCUGCAGGUCCUGCACUCACCAACUCCCUCCUCAUUUCCUGCUGAGGUCGCUGGCCCAGCCUGUGGACACCCUGGUCAGCCUGGCCACCAUCAGACCAGCCUCUAGGAUCAUAUUCUCAGAACCCUGGAGGCACUGGCUCCUUCUAAGACUGGCCCAAGCUCAGAACCCAGUAGCCAUCCCUUCUUGGGCUUCUCCCAGAGUCCCUUGCAACUCUUGCAUUUCUGCUGCCAGGGUCCAUGUUGCCCUGUGGUUGCUGGAUCAGCCCAGACCUGCUGCUGCAUCCCCUGCCCUCAGAGCAGAAGUGCCCACUUUCCUGCCUGGCCUAGCCCAGCACCCCUUCCCUGGGUUCUCAGGAUCUGUCCCAGAACUGUCCCCUUCUUCCCCACAGCAUGACUGCUUUAGGGACUAGGGAAACUACCCACAGCCCUGGAAGUACUGAAGGCCAUGCAGGACUGGGGAACUCCAAGGGGGUAGUGAGUGAUCACAGCAGGCUUCCUGGUGGAGCUGACCUCAACCUAGCUCUAGAACAGGGGUUGGAUUUAGAUGGGCAGAGAGGAGGGAAGGAUAAUGUGAGGUAAGAGCAAGGGCAAAGUGUGGUGCUAGAAAAGGUCCCCACUAAUACAGAACCCAGAGCCCCCUUUCCUGAACACAUAGUGGGUAUCAGGUCUCAUGGGGUCACAGGAAGGAGCAAGACAAGUUUCCACCUUCCUUAAAAUCUUGCAGGAAAGAAAGAUGCGUUGGCAGACAGUGCAGUGUGGGUAAACUCAGGGCUAAGCUAAGGUAGAAGAAAGGGUUACAAGAGGGCAGCUAGAGGGAUCUGUCUGAACCAAGGAGGGUGAGGCACUGUAGACACAGCAGGGCAAAGGCAGGCGCCUGGUGGGAAGAAGGGCAGGUUGUGAGGGCCUUGAUGGCCGACGGAACCUAGGACUCGAUCCCCAGGCAAUGGGGCCAUGGGAGGGUUCUGACCUGUGCAUGGAGGGUGGAUGGGAGGGAAGGAAACUGUGGGAGCAAGGGUUGCCAGAGCCUGGAGCCAGAGCCAUGGGGACACAGAAGGGGGACUGUGGGGGAUGAAGACUGGAGAAGCCCAGGACCAGCAGGAGCCAAAGGGCGGGCUCAAGGACAAUGGCUGACCUCGUAUCCAGCCAAAGGGAUCUACAUGUGUUAAGAUCCAUGGAACUGGAUGUUACUCUCCAAAAGUCAACUUCACUGGAUGCUAACAAACAAACCAAAGGGGCCAGAAGAGACACUGCUGAAGUAUCCAUUUUAGUCACCUAUAUUCUGCAGACAGCAGGCAGAGAGGAUCCCUGUAGAUUCCAACUACACUAAGCUUCAGCCUCAGGAGCUUCCUAAUAAAAAUCUCUUACAAUUGCCUGACAA